AUGGCGGCAGGUCCGGCGGCCGACGGUGCGGUGUGGAGCCGCGGGGCCACUAGCUUCCAGCGGAAGGCCGCUGCCGGCAGCCGCCUGGCCGCUUUGCCGGGCACACGGCCUUCCGUUCGUCACGGGCAGCUGCUGCUUUCAAGCGGGCUCCCCUCCCUGGACUGUGUGCUAGGUGGAGGAGUAGCUGUUGGAACCCUUCUUCUUAUUGAGGAAGAUAAAUACUGCCUUUACUCCAAUCUGUUGUUCAAGUAUUUUCUCGCAGAGGGAGUUGUCUGUGGCCAUGACUUAUUUGUUGCUUCUGCUAAAGAGCAUCCUGACAACAUCUUGAAGGAACUUCCAGCCCCUUUGCUUGAUGAUACCCACAGAAAUGAAUUGGGAGAAGAAGCAACAGCUGUUAAAUCUGAAGAUUUUCAGGAUUCUAUGAAAAUAGCCUGGCGCUACCAAAAUUUACCAAAAAUGGAGGCUAGCCCAACCACAGCUACAAAGUUUGGCCAUUAUUAUGAUGUUUCUAAAAAAAUACCUCCAGAACUGUUACAGUCCACAAAAUGGCAGAGUUUUUACCUUCCUGAAGAAUUACGUUUACAACCUACAAAGAAAAUAUGCAAUAUGAACAAUGCUUAUGCAAGGCUGCUUGAGUCCAUUCAGCGGAUCAUCUACCAGCAAGGGUUUGAUGGCUCUGAUCCCCAGAGAAAACAAAAGAAUAUUUUGCGGAUAGGAAUUCAGAGUCUGGGUUCCAUGUUGUGGGGUGAUGACAUCUGUAGCAGUGAUACUCCUGAAGAUAUUCACAGCCUUACCAAAUUUCUGUACGUUCUCCGUGGCCUCCUCAGAAAAUCUUUGUCAGCCUGCAUCAUCACAGUGCCCGCUCACCUGAUCCAGAAUAAAGCAAUUAUGGAACGUGUAACAAACUUGUCAGAUACGGUAGUUGGUCUUGAAUCAUUUAUUGGCUCUGAGAGAGAAACCAAUCCAUUAUACAAGGACUACCAUGGUUUGGUUCACGUACAUCAGAUUCCUCGGCUUAAUAGCUUGAUCUGUGAUGUGUCAGACACGAAGGACCUUGCUUUUAGACUAAAAAGGAAGCUGUUCACCAUCGAGUGGGUGCAAGACAACUACUUGAGACAAGAGAGGAACAUUUAUCCUCCAGGCUUCUCAUACUUACUCAAGCAGAAAGACUCUGCAUGGGGAGAAGGUUCUUUACAGCAUUCCACAUUUUUAAUGAGCUUCCUUGCAAAGGCGACUGCAUUUGCCUCCAGACUUGUCAGACACAGUGAGCCGCACAAGCAAACAGGAUCUGGCAGAAUCCGCCAAACUGCUGAGCUCAGGAUGUGGUGCUAUGGCCAUGGGCAAGAAGCACCUGGACUUCUAGUGAUUUCUACUUAG